AUGUUUUCUGUCAAAGUAACAGAAUAUGCCACCUUUAUCUUUUCUGAAUUUUGCCCUGGUGGAACUUUAUUACAAUACAUUAAAAAUCAUUCUAAAGCUUCUGGUAAAGGCUUGGACGAAGACGAAUCACGUCAUAUUUUCUUGGAAGAGUCUAGUGCAUUGAGAUAUUUACAUAAUGAUAUGAAAUUGGUACACAAAGAUAUCAAGCUGGAUAAUAUCAUAUUAGGUAAAGAUGAUACUUGGAAAAUUUGUGAUUUCGGUUUAACCGAAUUUCAAAACCCUGAAGCCAAUGGAUUUUCUAACCUUGACGAGGUUGCUGGUGGUUCGUUGGCUUAUUCUUCACCAGAACAAUUAAGAUCAAAGAUUUCUCUCAGAGAUCCUGCUGUUGAUAUAUGGAGUUUAGCUGUUGUAUUAUAUGCCUUGGUAACUGGUCAAUUACCAUUCAUGGACGAUUUUGAACCAAGGCUGCAAUCCAAAAUCAUUAAUGGUAGAUAUGAUGAAUCAGUCUUACGUAAAGCUGGUGCUGACAAUGAACUUUGUGAUUUAUUAAAUGGCAUGUUCAAAGUAAAACCUGAUCAAAGAUUAACAAUAACUCAAGUAUUGGAUCACCCAUGGUGUCAACCAUAA